AUGUUUUCAAGAACUUCAUCUUUCCAAGCUAGAAAUUUAGCCCGUUGUUUUUCAACUUCCCUCCCAUCAAAUUAUAAAGUCUCAAUCUUAGGUGCUGCUGGUGGUAUUGGUCAACCUUUAUCUUUAUUGAUGAAAUUAAACUCAGAUGUCACUGACUUGGCUUUAUAUGAUAUUAGAGGUGCUCCAGGUGUUGCCGCUGAUGUCUCUCAUAUUCCAACCAAUUCCACAGUAAAAGGUUAUGGUCCAGAAAACGAUGGAAUCUCCACUGCUUUAAAAGGCUCUGAUGUUGUUAUAAUUCCAGCUGGUGUUCCAAGAAAACCUGGUAUGACCAGAGAUGAUUUAUUCAACACAAACGCCUCCAUCAUUGCUAGUCUUGCUGGCGCUGUCGCUGAUAACUCUCCAAAUGCUGCUAUCUUAGUUAUCUCUAACCCAGUUAACUCAACUGUUCCAAUUGUCUCUGAAGUCCUCAAAGCAAAGGGUGUCUACAACCCAAAGAAAUUAUUCGGUGUCACUACUUUAGAUGUCAUUAGAGCUUCAAGAUUCAUUUCUGAAGUUCAAGGCACCAACCCAACUGAAGAAACUGUCACCGUCAUUGGUGGUCACUCUGGUAUUACAAUUGUUCCAUUAAUCUCCCAAACUCCUCACAAAUCUAUUCCAAAAGAACAAAGAGACGCUUUAAUCAACAGAAUCCAAUUCGGUGGUGACGAAGUCGUCAAAGCUAAAGAUGGUGCAGGUUCUGCUACUUUAUCUAUGGCCAGUGCUGGUGCCAGAAUGGCCUCCUCUGUUUUAUCUGCCUUAUCUGGUAAAACUAGCGUUACUGAACCAACUUUCAUAGAUAACCCAUUGUACAAAUCUGAAGGUGUUGAAUUCUUUGCAUCUCCAGUUACUUUAGGGCCAGAAGGUGUCACUGAAGUUCACGAAUAUGGUCCAGUUGAAGACUAUGAAGCUGAAAUGAUUUCAAUUGCUAAGGAUACUUUAAAGAAAAACAUUCAAAAGGGUAUUGAAUUUGUUGCUUCUCAAAAGAAAUAA